AAAAGUGGAAGGUACAAGCAUGAAUCUAGUAUGAAAAAAUGUUACUUUCUCUCUGAAGUGAAAGGGAUUAUUGUUUAAAAUGCUGAGUCACUAUGAUGUUUUGGAAGUGGCACCUGAGGCCACAGAAAUGGAGGUGCGUAAGCAGUACCAGCUCUUGGCGCUGAAGCUGCAUCCUGACAAACCAGCAGGAGAUCACAAAAAGUUUACACAACUACAGGAGGCUUGGACAGUGCUUGCUGAUCCUCAUCAGAGGGCUGAGUAUGAUUUGCAGCUUAAAAGAGAUCUGUUAUAUCAGCAGUACCCAAUAUCAGAAGAGUUAUUUCUAGAGGAUCUGCACUAUAGUUGUGAUGAAGAGACUACCAACUACAGCCAUGUGUGUCGCUGUGGUGGUCGCUACAGCAUCACUGAAGAAGAGCUGCUGAGUUUGAUUGACAGUGAAGUAGCUGUUAUGUGUGAUAAUUGCUCCUUAGCUAUAAUUGUUGUUUUGCCCAUUAGAGUUCAGACUAAUCAUGUGAGAAUUCAUGAUGGCCCACAGAUCAAUUCUGAAAGCACAAGUGAGGAAAGAGUUGAUCAAGAGGUUUUGUUGGACGCCAUGGGGGGUCAAAACUGUCAUGGAAAAUCUUCUUUGAUGGAAAAUCCUCUACCUAACAGUGAUAAUUUUAAAGAUAACAAAAAUUCUCUUGAAGCAAGUGAGACAAGUGAUAAAUGUUGUGCAAGUGAAAAGUCUGUGCAAAUGUGUAGUAAAUGUUUUGAAAAUCAUGAUGGCAUGUCAUGUGUGAGAGGUGAUGAACAAGCAUUCUCAUCUGCAGGUUCAUCAAAAUUUUCUUUUGAUGCUGCUUUUGUUCCUGAAGUUGAAACUCCAUCAUCAUCUUCUCCCAGCAGUAAUUCUCAAUCACCAGAAUUUUCUUACCUUUGCCCUUCUCCAAAAUCUCCUUUAAGAUCAGCAUUCCACUCAUAGUUUCACUCUAUGGUUGGCAAGUUUUCAUAAGCAACAACCCAGAAAACCAUUACCCAAAAAGGCUCAAGACUCCCAUGGCCCCCAAGUGUGAGAUCACGAGAUUAAGGCGAUGGUAUUGUGAUACAUCUGCCUAUAAUAUGCCUGUCAUACCAUACAUAGUAUCACUCAUCACACUCUUGAAUUAGAACAAGAGCCCAUAAACAUAUGCUGUAGCUCAUGCACCAAAAUUCAUGUUGUUGCUUCAUGUUAAUAAAAUAUUUAAAAAUUAAUUGUUUCCUCUCACAUUUUUUUUGGUUAAUUUCAUCGAAUGUUGAUUAUUUUGACUAUUGUUACCGUAUCUAUACAUAUAUUAUGAAUGAUAAAAUAAUAAAUUGCAGUUGGUGCUUGGAUGUAAAAAUUUUUCAAAAAUGUCCAAAAAUUAUCAUGUCUUGCAAUCGGUCAUACUUUAAAAUAACAGCAUCAAGUAUCUAUAUAAAUGCACUCAAAUUUCUAGGUGCAGCUACAAACGGUUGUGAACAACAUGCAUGAAUCUACCAUUUUUCUUCAAAUAUAUUCUGGAACUGCAAGUAAUCAUCAGUUAACUUUGGCUCUCUUACAACAUCUAAAAAAUCUAUUAUAGUCUAUAGAUAAUGUAUUAUAAAAUGAAUAAUGAAUAUGCUGAUUUAUAUUUAAAUUCCACAUUCAUGCCACUAUAGCAUAUAUAUCUGUGAAAUAGCAUUUGCCUUUAGUUUUACCAAGAGAAUAAGUGAAUGGGAGAAUAAGUGGGUGUGAAAUUAUGUAGCAAUUAGUACAUUGCACUGGUGCAAUAUAAGUCUCUGAAAAUAAUCGUACAGAAUUUUUAAAUGUAAUUGUAGGAAUUGAAAUGCCCCGUGUUGAUAGGAAUAGAGAGGUUGUACAGUAUAAGGAUCAGUGACCAAAACAAUGUUUAUUUUUGGCUCAUCCAACUCGCUACAGGCGAGGCAGCGUAGCAAAUAAUAUGCGAUGGUAUCCAUGCAACCUGUUUUAAUGAAUGCACAAAUUUUUAGUGAAGGCAAGCACCGACACAAAUUGAGAAGCAUGUAUAUAGAUAGUGAAUUGAGACACAUCUAGGACGAAAUUCUUGAAGAUUUGCCGAGAUUUUAUGUGAUUGUGCAAAAAAUUCUUGCUGUCGACAUUAAAUGUGGAGUCUUCUUUCACAAUUAUUUGUCAAGUUGUUGGCUAAUGAAGAAUUAUUUAACCAGACAGCCUGUCUAUUUAUAGUUGCAACUAGAAUUAAUUUGAAGAAUUUCAUCUUGCAUUGCUGGAUGUUGUCAUGUUGAUACUAUGAGACAGCUUUUGUGUUGUUCAUAGCAGUUAAAAUGUUAUUCCUAACAGAGCUGCUAAUAAUUCGAGUGGUGAAGGAGGAACGCGUUCCCUAAGGAAACGUUUAGGUUUAGGUUAAAUAAAAGGUGUUCAGGAAGAUGAAACUAUCACAGUUGAUGUUUAAGCUUUUAUAUUUUAGAUCGAAACAAUAGUCGAGAAUAAAGAAGUUAAAUUCG